AUGGGUCGCUGUCAGGAGCUCAGUGAAUUCAAGUGUGGUCCCGUGAUAGGUUGUCACCUGUGCAAUAAGUCCAUCCGUGAAAUUUCCUUGCUAUUAAAUAUUCCACGGUCAACUGUUAGUGGUAUUAUAACAAAGUGGAAACAACAGCAACUCAGCCACGAAGUGGUAGGUCACGUAAAAUGACAGAGCGGGGUCAGCGCAUGUUUAAAAGUACAGUGCGCAGAAGACACCAAAUGUCAACAGCUAAAGACCUCCAAACUUGGCAUCAGCAUACCAAGACAUUUUGGACAAUUCCAUGCUCCCAACUUUGUGGGAACAGUUUGGGGAUGGCCCCUUC